AUGGUUUUGAUGAGAACCCUUUUGAACGACCCCGAAUAUGUUAGCAAGGAGAGAAUCGAAAAGGAAACACUUUUUUGUCAUAAUAUAAAAACCGUGGACGAAAAAUAUAUAACGUGUGAAAUAAACAAGAAGAAAAAACAAUGGACUGAUAGGAAGUUACAGAAAGAAUUUUCACUUCAAAACCAUGAUCUUGUGUGUUUGAACAAGUAUCGUUAUCACCCACUUAAGGAUGUCUGUCAAGGAGCUUUUUCCUUUUUGCAGGAUGGAGAAAGUUACUAUACCUCCAGUUAUAAGUUACAGAACCGAGACUAUGGCUUAAUUUUUCGAAACCUAUGUACAUCCCCAUCCAUUCAAAUUUCCUUCUGUGGAAUUAUGAUAACUAUAAUCGCAGCUCUAGUUGAUUUGAAGAACAGAAGAUAG